AUGGAAAAAAUCAACACUGUCUUUCUACUCAAUAGAGGUGAAACGACGAAAGCUAAAAGUGAGACCAUCAAAGCCGCUUAUAAGAGGGCUAAGGAACUAAUUGGUACAUUUGAUGUCGUUGUGAAUGGAUCGGGGGUUGCUAAUGAAGGAAACAUCGACCAAUUAGUGCAAAUUAAUUUGGGAGGUCUCAUGCAUAGUUCUCUAACAGCCAUGGACUACAUGAGUAAGGCCAACGGUGGCCAAGGUGGUUACAUUAUAAAUAUUGGUUCAAUAACCGGUUUAAAUCCUACAGAUUUUUGUGGGCUCUAUGGAGCAACAAAGAGUGGAGUUAUUAAUUUCACCAAUACAAUGGCAAAACCUUUGUAUUUCGAUAAAACUGGUGUUAGUUUUGUUACAAUUUGCCCCGGUGUAACAUUAACAACAAUGCUAAAGGAUGUUGUUACAAAGUGCCUUUCGGCAAAAUACCUUUCAAAGGAUAACAAUCUUUUUGAUUCUGUGAUUGAUCAAACUCCCGCUGAAUUUGCUGAAAAUCUGGUGAAAGUUUUGGAAAGUGCAGCGAAUGGUACUAUAUGGGUAUUAGAUGGCGGCAAAAUUCAUGAAGCCCACUUGCCAGAAAUAUGGGGACCAGCUCUGAGAUAUAAAACGAGAAAUUGA